AUGCUGCCAUUGAGUCAACCUCACUUCUCAGGGGCACUCCUGCUGCUGUUGGUAUCAAACUUGCUUCUGUGGGAGAAAGCUGCAUCAGUUCCUGAAUGUCAAUCAGAAGAGGAGGGCUGCUCAGAUCCCCUUGUGAUCACAUUUAAGAAUGCCCUCCAGCGAGCUGAAGUCAUCAAUAUUCUUGCUAAUAAAAUGCAUGAAGAGUUUUACCACAACCCAUUUUCCUCUGGACAAUUUGAAACACUUGUAGCACGCAUGUAUAGGCAUGAUGAGGAGGUUCUCAGAGCCAGAAAUCACUGCUUUUCUAAUGUCACAAACCCACCACUUCAUGGACCUGAACAUGAAAAUCUCAAGACAAAAAAGUAUUUAAAAAUGAUGAUCACUUUUAUGGAUUCAUGGAUCAAUCCUGCAUACUAUCUAGUUGAAGUACUGAAUACCAUGCAAGAUGUCCCUAAAUCUAUCUUCUCAAAAGCUGAGGAGAUAGACUUGAAAGUCAGAGAAAUCUAUGAUGACCUUAGGUGGAUAUUCAAGAAGGUCUAUCCUAAAGUAAUAUUUUGGGAAAAAUCUAUCAACUGGAAAUACCUUCCAGGCCUAAGAUCAAUUGACACAAGUAAAAAAUUUUUGGCUAUGUUCAACUUUUCUCACUGCCUACGUGUUGAUAUAUUCUACAUUAAACAUCAUCUCAGUGCAUUGAUGUGCCGCAUAACUGGGCAAGGUUGCUAA